UAUGAUCUAGCUGGAGCUGGGUACUGUAAAUACACCAGGUUUGUGACAUUGCAAUUGGAAAACUGUUAAUAGGCUUUGCUAUUAAAAUACGUUUGGGGUGUACAACGCAUACCGGCUUUGAUUACAUUGUUUAGAGUGUUAUAAAUUAAGCAGACUAGUGUGGAGCCCACUGUGUCCAUUGCUCCAUUCGCCGUGGCUUUUUAAAAACAUUUUUGCUGGCUACUGCGCAAAUAAAUUGAAUUGAAAUUCCAGGCUGCAUGCUCCCAGUACUGACUCAGCAAUGGUAAUUGACUGGCUUGGAUUUGGCUAUGCAGCGACCAUAGCUCUGGGGGGAUACAUGGGAUACAAGAGAAAAGGUAGUCUGGUGUCGUUGAUUGCAGGAUUACUCUUUGGCAGUUUAUCAGCCUAUGGGGCCAUACUAAUAACAAAUGACCCAAGUGACCAAAAUAUUUCACUUUUGGCCUCUGGAACUCUGGCAGUUGUGAUGGGAAUUCGAUUUAAGAGAUCUGGGAAGAUAAUGCCAGCAGGCAUCAUGGCAGGGCUGAGUUUGCUGAGGAUUUUACAACUUUUCCUGUUCACUUUGUGAUGGGACAAACAAGACUAGUGACACAAGACACAACACUCACUUCACAGGACCAAAUGUUUUUAUUAAUUAUCAACAUGUCUGUUUCUAAUAUGGACUGUAAAGAAUCAUGGGCAACUCUAAAUGUAACCUGAGACGCAGAUUUCCUUUGGAUAGUGACAGGUUGUUUGAGCUGUAUGUAUUUAUGUCCUACUUAUGAACUAAUUUGUUGCUUGUGCAUUUUGAGUGGAAAUGAAUGUUUUUUUAUUAUUAUUUUCUCUUGUAGUAAUGAUUGAAGUUUGAAUGAUUAUGUUGACAGGACAUCAAUAAGUGAAAAGCAAAAUUUACCUACAGUCAAAACCUGACUGAUUACUGAAAACUGCAUUCCAUAUAUUCCAUAUAUCUUAUGCUGACUGCAAAUUGUACCCACUGAAAAUAAUGAACAAAUAAUGCAAAGCUGAUAAGAGUUCAAUAAAUGUUUAGUUUUUUCAA